AUGGCAGAGAAGAAGACAGUGAUAUCUACUGAUAUACUGCAAGAAGCAUAUAAAUAUGGAUGUAAAAAUAAUAAUGAACUUACUCCUGAAAUGUUGCAAUCACUUGGAUGGGAUAAUUCACUAAUUAUCCGUAUAUUAAAUAUUUUUACUGAAAAACGACUAUGUUCAAUAAAAAAAAGUAAGCUAACAUCUGGUAAUAAUCAGAAUAAAGUUUUUUUUAUUCUUAGAAGUGAAAUUAUUGCUUCAAAGUUAAAUAAAUUAACUCCUGAUGAGUACCAGGUAUAUUGUUGUAUUGAAAAUGCUGGUAAUCAAGGAAUUUGGACUGCAGAUAUUAGGAAGGUUACAGGAUUACAAACUCAUAUUGUUCAACGUGCAGUGAAACUUUUAUGUAAUGAAUUAAACCUAAUAAAACCUAUUAAAAGUAUACAUGUAAAGAAUCGUAAGGUAUACAUUCUUGCAUCAUUAGAACCAUCAAAAGAAAUAGCUGGUGGGACAUUUUAUGAUAAUGGAGAAUUUGAUAUGACAUUUGUUGAUUAUAUACAAGAUAAAAUAAUCGCAAUUCUUAUGAGUAAACGUAGAGCAACAAUUAAUGAAAUAUUGGAUUUUAUAAACAGCGAAUCUUCUGUAGACACAUGUAGCUCUAGACGAUCAAUUUCAUUAAGUGAUUUAGAAUCAGUUUUAAAUAUGUUAAUAAUUGAAUCUAAAAUUCUUUGUUUCAAAAUUAAUAAUACUGGAGAAUGGCUUUAUAUGUGUAUUUAUUGGCCUUCCUGCUUAUCAACAAAUAUUGGUGUAGAGGAUGUCCCCUGCUUAUCUUGUCCUGUAUUUAAUACUUGUUCAGGAUUAUUUAAUACACCAAUUUUACCUUGCCCCCAAGAAUGUAUAUAUUUAAAUUUUCUACUUGAUAAAGACAUCUCAUUAUAUGAAAAGAACCAGGAAUAA